UUAUUGAUUUAUUUAACAAAGACAGCACAUGAUGUAGCCUACUAUCUUAUUUCGUUGUACUCGUUAUAUAUUAUUCGUGCACAAAGCUGGUUUGCUAGCCAGUUUCCUUAACUUAUCAGGAAAGAAUGUACAUUUAAAAAUCUUCCACGUGACCUAAAACUGCAUUUCACCACAACGGUCGCAAGAUGACGCUGGAGACCGUACUAAAAAUGUGUCUGAUGUGCAGAAACUCGUCUGACAAAAAAAAAAAACGUCAUAAAUGGGGAGUGUUCAGCGUCGACUCAACACAAUUAUAAGCAGCCACACCAGGGGAACGUAUAAACGGCAAAAGAUAGGUCUACAUAAACGGAUUUGCAUUUUUUUUAUUUCCCUGUGGAUAUACCGAAGACAAAACGGGAUUGAUGUUGCGUAUUUGAAAAGGAAUGGCUUCUUCUCGGGACCAAUGGGUUACCGUCGGGGGUCUGUUUUUCACUCUGCUUUGUCUGUGCGGCUGGACCACGGCUCAGAUAUCCUACUCCAUCUCGGAGGAGGUAGACAAAGGGACCGCGGUGGGAAAUCUCGCUAAGGAUUUAAACCUCAGUGUGCAGCAACUCCAGUCAACGGGUCUUCACAUCAACUCCGCAUACAAAAAGCGAUAUUUUGACGUUAAUCUGGAAUCUGGAGUAUUGUUUGUUAGCGAGAGGAUAGACAGAGAGGAGCUGUGUCCAAAUGUGUUGAAAUGUUCUUUAAAUAUAGAGGCUGCAUUGAGCAACCCUCGCAGGCUCCACCAAAUUGAGGUUGUUAUUAAUGAUAUAAAUGACAAUGCUCCGGUUUUUAAUCAAGAGAUUAAAGUGAUAGACAUGCCUGAAAAUUAUUUAAUCGGGGAGAGGCAUCCACUUCCACUGGCACAUGACGCAGAUGUCGGCGUCAAUACCGUUAAGAACUAUAAAUUAAACCCGAAUGAUUUUUUUGUGUUAGACGUUCAAAAUAACGGCGACAGCGUGUCUGCCGAGUUAUUACUGCAGAAAGCUUUAGAUCGAGAAAAGCAGGCUGUAGUUCACCUCACGCUUGUUGCUAUUGAUGGAGGAAAGCCUCCAAAAUCAGGGACCAUACAAAUCCAAAUAAAUGUCCUUGAUGUCAACGACAAUUCCCCCUUGUUUAGCAAAUCUCUCUACAAGGUCCAAGUUGUUGAAAAUGCAGAUAUUGGCACUGCUUUGUUAACAUUGUCUGCUACUGAUUUGGACGAUGGCGUAAAUGGACAACUCACGUUUUCUUUUGCAGAAAGAGGGCGUUUUAACCCUGAUAACACAUUUGCACUGAAUGAAAAUACAGGAGAAAUCACCGUUAAAGGUGAUAUUGAUUAUGAGGAAACUCAAGCGUAUGAGAUUCGCGUUCAAGUGCGGGACAAAGGCGUUCCUCCUCGCUUGGCGCACAGCAAAGUUUUAGUGGAAGUCAUUGACGUGAAUGACAAUGCACCGGAAAUCACUGUGUCAUCUCUCAUGAGUCCCGUGAAAGAGGGCGCCGAGAUCGGCACUGCCGUUGCCAUGGUGAUGAUUACUGAUAGGGAUGGGGGCAAAAAUGGCCAAACAAAGUGUAAAAUUGUUGGCGCCGUGCCAUUUGUAUUAAAAUUCAAUUAUAAGAAUUACUACUCAUUAUUAGUUGACGGGCCUCUUGAUAGAGAGGCCAUCUCUCAGUAUUUUGUUGCGCUUACAGCUACUGAUGAAGGAACGCCACCUCAGUCCACUACUCACAUCAUCACCGUUCAAGUUUCUGAUAUCAAUGACAAUCCACCUCAAUUCAUGGAGCCUGUAAUUAAUGUGUACAUAAAGGAGAAUAGUGCAGUCGGAACAACUAUUUACACUUUGACAACUACAGAUGCUGAUUUACUUGAAAAUGGAAGAGCAUCUUAUCACUUGAUUGAUAGUCUUUUGAAAACUACACAAACAGCUUCACUGAUAAACAUUAACUCAGAGAGUGGAGAUAUAGUCAGUUUGCAGUCUUUUGACUUUGAGAAGUUAAAAACGUUUCAGUUUAAAGUUCAGGCCAGAGAUUCUGGAGUUCCUCCACUCAGCAGCAACGUGACUGUCAACGUUUUUAUCCUGGAUGAGAAUGACAACAGUCCGGCCGUUUUGGCUCCCUAUUCUGAGCAUGGCUCCGUCAACAGUGAGAGCAUCCCCUACUCUGCUGAGGCGGGUUACUUUGUGGCCAAGAUCAGGGCAGUGGAUGCAGACUCUGGCUACAAUGCGCUGCUCUCCUAUCACCUGUCAGAGCCCAAAGGCAACAACAACCUCUUCCGGAUCGGAACCAGCACCGGGGAGAUUCGCACCAAGAGGCGAAUGAGUGACAAUGACCUGAAAAGUCACCCCUUGGUGGUGUCUGUGUGUGAUAACGGAGAAGCCCCCCUGUCAGCGACUGUGUCUCUUGAUGUGGUGGUGCUUGAAAGCACAGCUGACAUCCACCACACUCAGUUCAGACACGUGCCCAUCAAGGAGGAGAGCUUCUCCGACUUGCACUUGUACCUGCUCAUCGCCAUUGUGGCCGUGUCACUGGUCUUCUUGCUCAGUCUGGUCACUUUAGUGGCCUUUAAAUGCCACAGACAGACAGAGGGACAUUUCGACAGGUACGGCGCCCCGAUGAUCACCACCCACCCUGACGGGAGCUGGUCUUACUCCAAAGCGACUCAGCAGUACGACGUGUGCUUCAGCUCAGACACACUCAAGAGUGACAUGGUGGUUUUUCCCACGCCUUUUCCGCCUGUAGAGGCAGAACUGAUCAGUAUUAAUGGAGGAGACACCUUUACCAGGACUCAGACUUUACCUAACAGUGAGAAGGUAGGCUGAACAUUUAUUAAUGUAGAUUUGUAUACUUAUACAUUUAUAAUGUAUUCAUACUGUGUAUUUAAACAUUUGAUAUAAAAAAUAGUCUACACACCCCUGUUCAAAACCCUUAUUUUUUUGUAAAUCUUUCUCAGAUUGAAAAUUGGACCGACCCAGAAAGGUGGGUCAGUUUAACCCUACUUUGUGUUACUCUUACAAAAAAAAAAAAAAAUUGUUGGGUUGUUUUGUAGAACAUAACACAAGAAGUUGUGUUAAUUUUUAACCUCAAAAAGGUUGUUGUUAGCCCAGUUUUUAAGCGGGUAACGAAUAAUCAAAAAGUAUAUGUUGCUCAUAUGCAGGCUAUGCAGGUUGACUAAGUAUAGUGAUUAUCAUUUUUAUAUUCAUAUUAUUUUGUUUUUGUUAUUUAUGCUAAUUUUUGCAAGAUAUUGCAGUCAAGUAGCAAGGACGACAAAUAUCUAUCGAAAUGAAAACCAUUAAUUUUCCAUCAACUUAGCCAAUUGCUCAAAGUUUUGACUUCUAUCGGAUGCUUUAAAAGUUGAAGGGAACUCUUGCCCAUCAUGAUAUAUACAUAUAUAUUUUUUGGUAGUGGUUUACGUGACUGUUUUGUAUGAAUGGGUGAUUGUAGUACUGUUAUUUCCCAGCCUGCUAGAGUAGCACUUUCCAUGGAACUUGAAGAGUAAAAUGUGUCUUUAUAAAGCCUGUGAAAGUUCGGGGAGGUCAUUGGAUGUACUUUUUUUUGUGUGUGUAUUAUUCACAGUUGUAUUUACAAAUGAUACUAUCUGAACACUGGCGGUUGUUGGCUGUACAGUACAUUUUCAAUUGGUAGACAUACAUCACCAAAUAUUAUAUUUCUAACAAUCUUCAUAACCAUACAAGGUUUUUAAGUGGUAAUACUUCCAAAUCGGACGUCACUGGUCACAGUAAUAUAUUAUCGAAAGAGGACCCUAUAUAGCUGUGGUUGGGUGCA